AUGGACUUCUGUAGCACUGUUGCCUCACAGCAAGAAGGUUCCUGGUUCAAAUCCCGCUACCAAGAGAAGAAGACUCCACCUAACUCUGCUGACCCCGCCACAGACCCUCCACCCAAAGACAAGGCAACUGACACCCAGUCUACUGAGAAUGAAUCUAGCAGUGACAUAAGCCCAGAGGCCACAUCAGACAGCACCCAACUUACAGAACCGUCCUCCUUCGAAGACAAGAAUGUGAGAAGAGGUUUUGUCCGAAAGGUGUUCUGCAUCGUGAUCCUGAUGUUUCUGUUCACCUUUGCCGUGGUGUGUCUGUUCACCUUCUGUAAACGUUUGAAAGAUGCGGUGCAGGAAAACCUGUGGGUAUAUCUGAGCUCCUACAUCAUCUUCACAACCGUCAUCACGAGCUUUGCUGCCUUCAAAUCCUUCAGUCGGCGUCACCCGUGGAACAUUGUAGGACUGGUUUUGGUCACUUUGAGCCUGUCCUACAUGGCGGGAACCAUCGCCUCCUUCCACGAUACCACAUCUGUCCUCAUUGCUAUGGGAUCAACGAUCAUCAUUUUCGCUGUGAUUAUCGCCUUUUCUGCUCAGGAUCGAGUUAAAUUCAACACCUGUUAUGUGAUUCUGCUGAUUAUUGCUGUGGAUGUCAUCAUGUUUGGGAUAAUGUAUGGGAUCUUCAAAAGUUUCCAUCCCUCACACAUACCCCACAUCCUCCUUGGAUCAUUCGGGGCCUUUCUGUUAUCGAUGUGUUUGUUGAUCGACGUUCAGCUGAUGACGGGGAAGAUGAAAGACCGUGUGGAUCCUGAGGAAUAUGUCUUUGCUGCCCUCCUGAUUUACCUGGACAUCGUGAUCAUCUUCAUCUGGUUCCUUCAGAUAAUGGGACAAUACAGCUGA